UUCGAGCUAUUGAAAUUCAUGUAACAGUCCAAUGACUCUAUUGUUUCCUAAGUAACGUGUGUAUAUUACAACGGUUUAAUUUUGUUUGUACCGGAGGAUUAGGUUGGAAAAAACAGAAUAUCUAUAAUUCCGGGCUUAAACUUGAUCUAAGAACAAAAAGGACGAAACAUCAUUUUGAAGAUUUAAAGGACAGGGAGUGUUUAGACGUUCAAAAGUUUGACGUUGUCAUGAAAGCAGUGAGGGGAUCACUUCUGAUAAAAAUGCUGAAGGAAAGUAACUUACUUCGUGAUUGUGGAUUCGGGAAACUCGUGUUCUUCCUUUUAAGGAUGUUUGUAGAUUAUGAUGCCUUUUUCCCGCUCAAACCAAUGGAUCUAAAUUGCAAAGCAUCACAGGCACAAGAGAUAGUGUCCAUUGAUUUGAAAAAGGAACUUAUAUCGGUUUUUAAAAACGCUUUAAAACAAACUAAGCGUGCAUUAGAUUUAUACACUGACUGUUCGAGCAUAGUAAAAUAUUUUAAAGAGGCUUUUUUGGAAUAUCUAAGAAAUCUCAGUAUUUCUCGAUUUAAAUUUAAUAGUGUUUUUCCAAAAAGAAACUAUUUGAGUGACACCCAAAUUAGGUUGACAAAUGGUACUUCUGGAUCGUGUCAGAAUCAUUGGAUAUCAUUGAGAAAUGGAAAUAACACUUUCGUCUCAUCGUUCAAACAACUACAUUGUUCGCCAGUCAUUAAUAGAAUUUCAACAACAACACCAAUGGUAUGUGUAGUGUUACCAUACUACGGGACUUUCCAUCAAUCUUAUACUCAUAUAGUUAUGGUCAUAUCCGAAAUUAACCUAUUGUGUAUAUGUGCAAGUAACAUUCAAAAUAAUUUGAAAAUGUGUGCGUAUUUCGUUUUAUUAUGCCACCAUAUAUUAACAUUUUGUCUAAUUCAAUGUUCAUGGGUAUUGAUGACAUCGUACGUAAAAAGCACUUUGAGAAACAAUGAUAUAUCGACAUAUUCAGUGUCAUGUCUGCGGGAGAAGAUAUGGCUACCACUUGACCAAAUUCAUUAUCAUCGGACGUACACAAUCUUUCCAGCAUUUGCACCCAUGAUGUCAAUAGUUGACAGACUCGCAAAAAAGGAAAAGGUCCAUCCCAAAGAGAGUAUGAGAUACGAAAUGAUGCGAUUUUGUACUUUGCGCUCCUACCCAGCCGAGGGAAAACCGUCUGUACUUAAAUUUGCAAAAGCAGGUUUCUACUAUGCUUCGAACAAGGAUGAAGUUAUAUGUUAUUGUUGCGCUAAGCGCAUUUCGAACUGGAAACCUGACGAUGACCCAUAUCAGGCUCACAAAAGAAUUACACCAAAUUGCAGCUUUAUUGUGAACAAUGGAGAUGUAAACGUCCCAGUUUCAAACGUAACAGUCACUAAUGCAAACGAUGUUCUUCAGAAGAUCAUCACCGACCUAGAUGAUAAUAACACUGUUUGGAGAUUCGAUUCUGAAAACUCUGAUAGUGACAGUGAAAACGAUAUUGCAAGUGAUGAUGAUGAAAGAAACGAAGACCAAAACAAUAGGAUUCCGUUAGUUACUGAGAACCACAUGAAAGAAACACAAUUUGUUCCAAAACAGAACUACAAUGUAAUAGAUACUGUAACUCGGGCUAAGGACAGUGGUUUUGUCAGUCUACCUAUAGAACCUACAAAUACAUCUGUUAGUCUAGAGGAGGAUUGCUUCCGGCCGAAACCGCAGGGUGGAUUUGCAUCAAUGGCUCCAAUAUCAGAGAAUAGAACAAUAGAUCCAACUUUUCAAACUGGAAUGGUUUUGCCACUAAAUGACUUGAGUACUCACAUUAAAACCAUCCACACGAUUGCCUAUCAACCAACACAAAACGACCCACCACGACAGAGAAAAUCAAAUAGGAUAUCACGGAGAAGAACACGACGCCAACGCCAAUCGCCAGCCCCAUCGGAUCCCCCCGGAAUAGACAUACGGACAGAAAGAGCUGGCGAAACUUCUGCUGCGUAUCAGCAAAGUUCUGUUCCUGAACGAAAACCCACAAACAAAACUGCGCAAUAUCUGAAAAUUCCAAAGUAUCCCAAAUUUUCGACACUUUCUUCAAGAAUAUCGAGUUUCAACCAGUGCCCAGAAAUCCAUGUCAUGCCAAGAACCCUAGCAGAAGCCGGGUUUUUUUACGCCGGGAUAGGUGAUUGUACCAGAUGUUUUUGUUGCGGCAUAGGUCUACGGCAUUGGACACGCGAAGACGAUCCAUGGACCGAGCAUGCGCGAUUUUCAUUGGAAUGUGAUCACGUGCAAAUAAACAAAGGUCAAGAGUUUAUUAACUUGGUUAAACUGACGCUAGACCUGACAGAAGAAAAGGAUGGAUGUUUGCAAGCCCAAGCACCAGAGACUCCAGUAGAAACGCAAGAAAAAUCAGAUGAACAUCGACAGAAGCGGCGAUUGAAGAAUGAAAAUAAGGCUCUCAAAGAAAGCACCAUGUGCUCUUCCUGUAGAAAAAAUGAAGUCUGUAUUGUAUUCCUGCCUUGUGGACAUUUAAUUUCUUGCGAACUAUGUGGGAAUACUGUAAGGACAUGCAUUUCAUGCGGACAAAGAGUUCGCGGUACGGUGCGUACUUAUCGUGCUUAAAGGGGCUGGCUAGAAUGUCGGGUAAAUAUGCCCUAUGUGGGGCAUUGUGUUAAUGCUUUAGAAAAAGUUCAAUUUGAUAGUACAAGGAAAACUCCAGGGACAAGCCUAGUAGUUAAAAUAUCAAAAAUAGUCAUAUAAUUCAGGAUCGCCUUUUUGUUUGGAAGUAGAGGUUUAUUUUGAAAUUUCACAUUUUGACCCUGGUUUAAAAUAAAUAUGAUACUAUAUUUAUUGUAUUGUAUUUAAAUAUUUCACUUGCCUAGCAUACUCAGUUAUAUUCACUUAUUACAAAUGACAGAAACUGUAUUACCACAUUACUAUUAAUCAUAUCAUUCGAGUUUUCAUUCCUUAGUAUGUGCCGUUGUUUUUUUAGAAAUGAAAGAAUUUUUUAAAAAUUCACUAGAUUUUAAAUUGUAUAAACAAAACGAAACAUGCAUGUUUAUUAUAUUGUUUAUCAUAUAAUAUUAUAAACAAUGUAUUGAAAUAUUUAUUUGUUUGAUUUUGUAUACUUUUGUGCAUUCUAUUUUAAAUAACACGUUUUGUUCAUGAGUUAUAUUGACCUCAAUUAACAAAUAGUUUGUAUAUACAUGUAUAUAUAAUUCUAUUGCAAUUCAAUAAUAAUAGGAUUUAUGUAUAUCUCGUAGACAAACUACUGGAUUUUUAUUAAAAUACUCAUUUUCUCGAAAGCCA